AUGUCUAAAGUAGCAGACUGUCUGCCAUCGAUGACUUCUCCUGCCUUCCAAAAGUCCGCGAAUAAGUCGUUCAACGGUGAUUCCUUAUCAGUUCGAUGGAAGACUUCCUGGUCAGUGGUGUUUCUAUGGACUUCACUUUCUGUCUUAGUUGCUUUGACCUGCACUGCAGGAUUCAUCGAAACCGAAUGGCUGGUGAGAGAGAAUGACAAUACAGCCCCUCACAUCGUCCUGACAUACGACCGUUCGUCCCUGGUCUACACCUUGGGCAUGUUCAGCAUCUGCUACCGGGACUACCCAAGUCAGACAUCUUUUCGAUGUCAUCGAUUUGGAGUGACGAGGUUUCCUUCGGCGUUCUGGCAAGGGACCUGCGUGCUAUACGGCACCGGUUGCGUUCUUCAGACCUGCAGCGUUCUGGUACUUCUACUCAGUUUGCCACAGUCGCACAAUGUCAGAAAAAUUGGUGCUCAGUUGGUGUCCCGGACUCAUCUCGUAGCAGGUGUGCUACAGGCCGCUGGGCUGCUCCUCUAUCCCAUGAUCCUGGAGUCGAAUGUCGGUCGUCUGCAUUGUGGAGCCUACUCGCGCCCUUGGACUCUGAAUAAGUGUCGCUUGGGGUGGGCCUACGUCGCUUCUGCCGCUGGGACUUUGCUCAGCUUCUACUGCCCCUUCCUGGCGCAUUUCAGUUUCUACCGCGAAUACUACACAGACGAGAAGCCAGGUGGGAUCGUCUGA